AAGACUUCUAGAAGUAGACUGAUAACAGAUAUCACGCUCAGUACUUCUGUAAACUUUCCAACACCAACACAUAAGCUUUUAGGCUAUAAUUUAUUUUAAUGAUUUUUCCCCCCUCAACAUUUCCAUCAUCUUACCAGCACUGGAAGAAGAACACUGGUUUCCAAAGAUGUGGUUCAUUUUAUCAAUGUGUGCGCUGGUUAAAGCUUUUCAUGCAGACUUCUCUGAAACAGGAUCUGGUGCUCCGGACUCAGAGGGGUUCAACACACAUCUGAAUCUCUUCACACAAAGGGUGGAUUUACUUGAGCAGCUCUCAGGCUUAGUAGCAACCAGCAGGAACGUGACCCUUUAUGAGGAGGACCAGGGGUGUCCAGUGCUGGACAUUGGCCUGUAUUCCACACUCACUAUGCCCACCCAGGAAGCAUUUGGAUCAAGCUUUGCAGAUGAAUUCAGCGUGCUGAUUCAAGUGCGGAGCUCUCAGGAUGUGGACCGAAGUUUGUUGACUUUGCUGAACUUCUAUAAUCACAUUUUACUCCAGAUCCGUAUAGGCCCACACAGCAUCACCUUCAUCACCACACAGCAGCGUGACUAUGAGUUUUCAGUGUCGGGACUGUCUGAUUCGCAGUGGCACUGGAUCUCAGUUGGCGUUGCAUUCGAAUGGCUGGCUGUGUAUGUGGAUUGUGUGCUGGUGGAGAAAGUGAGCUGGAUGUACCCUUACAUGGGCAUCACUACAGAUGGCCUGCUGAUGGUGGGCGGCAUCCUGGAGGGGUUUGAGACACCCUUUGAGGGAGAGCUGAGACAGAUGACCUUCAUAAUGGGAGAUGCAAAUGCUGCCAAGGAUCAUUGUGCUCCUCAUCAGCAUAUGUGUGAGCCGUUGAAAGGACACAGCUUUCUUGAGACAGAAAGUAGCACUAAGAGCCCUUUGUCAUCCUCAACCGGCUCAACAGUAGACAGAACUUUCUCAUCAGAUCCCUCUACUGGCACUGACGAUACUGCCAAUACUCUUUCAGUUCUAGAGUUCAGGCCUGAACCCAGAGAAUCGCAUGUCAUGAACUCCAGUGUCUCUUCUCGGAAUGAAGAUCUUCAUAGUAAAUGGAACACUUCGUCUUAUUCGAACAGAACUUCAAAGCAUGCAGCUCGUGGCUUUGUAGUGGUGGAUGAGUCUGACCGACUCACGUCUUCCGCCAUUAGCACACAUAGCAGGUAUAAGGACACCAUUGACAAAAAGUUUCAGUCCACCACCUUCAAAUCAUCAGACGAGAACUUCACCUCUCAAAAAAUAAAAACGGAUUUGGGUGAAGGCCGUCUGGAAAGGCUCCCUUUGAAGCCCUCUGGGGACACCGCUGACCUGGAUUCUAUUUUGAAUGUAAAGACAUCAGUCGGUCAUAAGGUUCUUGUCAGGCCUACAGUCCAUCCUGAGUUAAACCAGCUGACUGAAGAAGGUUUCUUACUUCCUUCAAAGAGCUUAUCUGGGUACUCCAGUAAAGUAGUUAAACAGCCUUUGGUUGACGUUCACUCAAAAAAAGGGUAUAAAAUGCUAAUAGGCAGUGGACAAGCUGACUACAAGCACUCAAGCAAGGAACGAGUUGCACUUAAACACGGUGAUGUUAUAUUAGGCAUGGAUGAAAGGAGAUACAGGCUCCUCAGUGGACCUCCAGGGCCUGUUGGACCACCAGGGAAAAGAGGGUGUGCAGGUAAAAGGGGCUAUAUUGGAUACAAAGGUGAUAAGGGCUCUCAAGGAGUCAGAGGAAUAGAUGGGUCAAGAGGCAUACCAGGACCCCCAGGUCCACCGGGACUCCCAGCCCUCUAUCUUUGGAGGAACACAGAGGAAGAAUGGGCUGCAUUCAGGAGAACAUCUUAUUAUCAGUUGCUGGCAGCUGGAUGGCCUAGAGAGAGGGGACACCCUGGACCAAUGGGUGAGACAGGGAGACCUGGUUUACCUGGAUUACCUGGAGACCCAGGCCAGACAGGACCACCAGGCCGCAGAGGCGACAUGGGUGGCAUGGGACCAAAGGGUGUUCGAGGGCGAGCAGGGACUCAAGGAAGAGAUGGAGGGAACGGGCCAGAUGGGGUGCCAGGAUUUCCAGGGGUUCCUGGCCUACAGGGUCCUCGUGGUUACAAAGGUGAAACAGCGCCCCCUGGUGACAAAGGAGAUGAGGGUUUUCCUGGCGCUCCUGGCCCCAGAGGAGACAAAGGACAGGCUGGCCAAAAGGGCUCAAAAGGAGAAAUUGGGUUUAUUGGAUUUUCUGGUCCCCCAGGAUCUGUUGGUUUACAAGGUGUUGAAGGGAUUCCUGGACCACCCGGUUCUAAAGGGGAUCCAGGAAAUGAUGGAAAACGUGGUCCUCCAGGGACAGUGGGAGCACCAGGUGCUACAGGAUUCGUUGGUGCACAAGGUGUCAAUGGCUCAGAAGGGGACAUGGGACCUGCUGGCCCUGUGGGGCGGAAGGGGCCUCAGGGGCCUAGAGGGAUCGAGGGAGAUAGAGGUCCACCUGGUCAUCCAGGAUCACAGGGACUUUCAGGUCAGGAUGGUCCACAGGGUCUCAAAGGUGACAAAGGACCAGAUGGCCCAGCGGGUAACAGAGGGCUACAAGGCAUUGAAGGGCCCAUGGGUAUGACUGGACAUCCAGGUCCAAAAGGCUUUCCAGGUGUCACAGGCAAUAGGGGCCCGGAUGGAGAAAAGGGUGACGGAGGACCCAAGGGGAACAAAGGACCACAAGGAGCAACAGGGAUCAUGGGUCCUCAGGGAGAGAGGGGCCAAUCAGGCCUCCCGGGCUUACCUGGUGUCAAAGGUCAGCCAGGUGCUCCAGGUAUCCAGGGUAUAGAUGGUGAAGUGGGUCCUCAGGGAAUGCUUGGGAAAGAGGGUCAAAAGGGCAGUAGGGGUGAACCUGGUGGUAAUGGAAGAACAGGACCCAUAGGAUCCAGAGGUCGAGCUGGCCAACAUGGUCCCCCUGGUAUACCUGGAAUAGUGGGUUUACAAGGUCCAGUUGGUGCUGAGGGACCAGAAGGAAAGCCUGGUACACAGGGUGUUUCUGGUUCUGUCGGAAGCCCAGGGGAUAAAGGACCUGUUGGCCUGAGGGGUGUGAUUGGAGAGCCAGGAAAACAAGGCCCUCCAGGCUCACAGGGCCCACUUGGACGACCAGGCCAAGAUGGCAUCCAAGGCCCUCCUGGUGAGAAGGGCUUUACUGGAAAACCAGGCAUUGCAGGUGCUCAGGGGCCUGUAGGCAUGUAUGGUUAUCCGGGAGCCACUGGCCUUCGUGGACGGCCAGGUCACAUAGGAGAGAGGGGUGAACCUGGCAUCAGUGGACCUCUUGGUUCACCAGGGCAGAGAGGGCCAUCAGGUUUACCAGGCCCGCCUGGUGAGAGGGGCCCACGUGGACCACCGGGUCGUCAAGGGGAAACAGGACCUGCUGGUUUGCAAGGAGUGCCUGGGCCCUCAGGACUGCCAGGGACUGAAGGUGUAACUGGAAAGCAAGGCCCCCCAGGGAGCCAGGGGCCUCAGGGGCCACAGGGAAAACAAGGACCAACUGGAUUGCCAGGCUCACCGGGAACAAGUGGAAUGGUUGGUCAAGCAGGAGAGAAAGGAGAGAAGGGAUUGCUAGGACCUUCUGGUGACCCUGGGUCUUUUGGAUUAGAUGGACCACAGGGCCAUCCUGGUCCAGUUGGUUUUGAGGGUCCAUCAGGGCCAAAAGGGGAACAUGGAUCACCUGGACCCAUUGGAAAGCCUGGUCCAAAUGGAUCUCCAGGAGAACACGGGCCUCAGGGCUCUCAGGGGAUGCAGGGUGCACCAGGACCACGUGGCAAAGAGGGAGGUAUCGGACAUCCAGGUGAUAUUGGAGACCCGGGACCUAAAGGAAAAAAGGGUGACCCUGGACAUCGAGGAUUAUCUGGACGACAAGGCCUACCUGGAUUUUUGGGGGAUAGAGGAGAGCGAGGAGUCAAGGGGAAUAAAGGCUACAUUGGACCACAAGGUCAGAAUGGUUUAAUGGGAAAGACUGGUCCAUCUGGUUUGAUGGGUCUAGAGGGUUUGAUGGGUUUCCUGGGACCACCAGGAGCAAAUGGUUCACCAGGCCUAAAGGGAGAAACUGGAUCACCUGGGGCGACUGGCUAUCCAGGAGAUCAAGGCAGCCGGGGGAUGGCUGGCCAGAGAGGCUUACAAGGGGUUAUGGGGAAGGCAGGACCUCAGGGAGCCGUGGGUCCCAGAGGCUCGGAGGGCUUAUUGGGUCCAAAGGGUAUGCCGGGACAAGAAGGACCUAAAGGUGAACCAGGAAGGCAAGGACCUCCAGGGCAGAUGGGACCGCCGGGUCUUCCUGGUACUAAAGGACCCUCUGCAUUACCGGGAAAGGAGGGGCUUCCAGGAGAAAUGGGUCCUGAUGGCCCUGUUGGCCCACCUGGACCACAAGGUCCAAAGGGCAAAUCUGGGUCUCAGGGAAGGGAGGGGCCAAAAGGUCAGAAGGGAAAUGAUGGUCAAGAUGGACCUCCUGGAAAGACUGGACAUGCUGGGAAAAGAGGGAAAAAAGGAAAAGCUGGUCAGAGGGGUCUCAGAGGACCUAGAGGCGAGAAGGGUCAGAAGGGAGCGCUGGGAAAGACUGGACCUCCUGGCAGACCAGGACAAUAUGGUUUACCAGGCAAUCGAGGCGAGAAAGGAGAGAGCGGUGUAAAGGGCUUUGAGGGAGAGAAGGGGGAAAUUGGGCCACUUGGUCCUCCAGGGGGAGAUGGCCUGAAGGUACCUUCAUUCAUCUCAGUCAAACACUAGAAGAAACUAGGAGAGAUAUUUCAGAAGGGAGGGGAAACAGACUCGAGGCACCUAGUAGUAUUUUGUGUACAUACUGUAAGUAAAUGUUCCUUGUUUGGAGUGGCUGAAUAUCUGUUUAUUUAUUUCAGGGGGAGCAGGGCCUGCAUGG